AUGGUACUUAUUAACGGGGUUAAGUAUGCCUGCGAAAGAUGCAUUCGUGGCCAUCGAGUAACAACGUGUACCCACACCGAUCAGCCGCUAACAAUGAUUAAACCCAAGGGCAGACCUGCUUCGCAAUGUCAACAUUGCAGAGACCAGCGCAAGAACAAAAAUCUACAUGUAAGUUGCACCUGUGGUAAGAAGGGGAAGAGCCCGGGGAUGCACUUGGCCCUGUGUGCGUGUCAUAAGAACACUCACUGCACAUGUUCCUCAGGGAACCCUACCACCCAUGGCUCAUCAGUCAAUGGGUCAGCACCAAAUGGUGUCAAGGCGAGGGUUUUGGGUUCCAAGUUGGAGUUGUCAAGACGCCGUUCCUUGUUGGAGAGAAGUCAGUCCGACUUGAGCUUACCUUUAUUGGAUGCAAAGAGUAACUCAGGCCCAAAUGGUGGUGUUAAUGGUGGUGUUAAUGGUGGUGGCGCGGGCAGUGGAGGAAUGGCUGCUGCAGGCGGUGGUGGUGGUGGUGGAUACUUGCUUGAGUAUAGUCGUGGGUAUUCCUCAAGCAGCCACUUGCCAUACAGCUUGUCAGAGCAAUCCUCUUUGGAUGAAGGUGCAGCACUUGGAGGCGGAAGCGCAGGUGGGAAUGAGCUUAAUGGAACCGCUAGCACGCUAGACCCAAACUACAUUAUUGAGGAUGUUGUUGUACCAUUUGAGCCUGGAUUGGGCUUGUUUGACUUAUUUCUGCCCUCUCCAGAGGUAUCUGCCGCCAACAGCAGCAGUAACUCGAAGACCAACGUCAACGACGCCAUGAAUGUGGAUAAUUCUGGGAAUCACUUGGACCACGGGAUUUCGAUCAGUCGAAACAAUUCUACCAAUACAAAUCUGAACUUUGCUAAACAAUCGUCGAUAUCGCCUACACCGGGCCAGGCUCAAUCCCAUGGUCUGCAAUCAUAUUCCCAGGGCCAACCACUGGGCCAGUCCCAGGGGCAGCAGCAGACUCAAAACCAGUCAGUUGAAGAACAAUUGGAACUCGCAGAUGGUAUGUUUCCGUUGUUUCCAUUGAUAGGAACCACCAGUUUUGACACAAACAACAAGCCGCUCAGCAAAACACCGAGCCUAAACCAUGGUAAUGGUCAUAGUAACAAUGGAACUCACUACCAACCAAUACGGCCAAAGAGACCAGAAAGUGUGCUAUCUAUUGCAUCGAAUUCCUCCACUGGUACUAGUCUCAGUAAGAAUAUUGACACCCAUACCGGUAUUGUGGCUGCUACAUCGUCUGCAUAUCCUCCUGUCUCCUAUUCACAAUCUUCAUUCGAUUUAAAUACGCUAAAUUCUCAACAAUCAACGUCACAGAAGCCACACGUGAAUAAUAAUUACAGCCAUAAAGAUUUGGAUUUACUUGGAGGUUAUGCAUCUUCGUCAACUCAAAUAGAUAAUGGGAUCAUGUUUCAACCGACAUCACAACCACAAUUUACCGAUUUAAAUAAUUUAUUUAAUGAGGAAAACGAUGAAAGACUUGCUGAGUACGAACUAUUCUUAAAUGAAUUGAAGGGCGAUGACAAAAGAAGCUCGAUGUCGCUGGUAAUAUCACAACCUCAACAAGGGCAUACUUUGCAGCGACAACUGCUGCAACAAUUUCAACAACAGCAGCAGCAACAACAACAACAACAACAACAACAACAACUGCUUCACCAUCAGCAACAACAAAACCAGUUACUGGGGGUUCAGUCUCCACUUUCACCAAUUUCUCAACAAUCAUUGUUACAGCGUAACCCUCUGCUUCAGCAGCGUCAAAGACAACUGCUGCAACUGCUGCAUCACCUGAACCAACUGUUACCCCAUCCACCUGCUCUAUCAAGCCAUCCUCCACAUCCACCUCAGCAAUAUCAACAAACACAAAGAGCACAAACAAAACUGCCACCAGUAUUGCAGAACUCAAAUGUACAAAAUGGAGAUCAAUCCUUAUUCAGUGAAUAUGGAUCAAUACCUAUGUUUAACGAUAUUCCCGGUCUGCUUAAGUUUGAUCAACUGGACAACAUUCAAGGAUUUGAUAUUUAA